CAUAUAGUCCAUUAGAAUUUUGUUCUCCACAGAUUAAGGUAAAUGGCAGCCAUCCUAUCAGCAAUGCGUUACGUAAGCCAUUAAACAUCAAUCUGAAUUCCUAAAUGUCCGUCUCGAAACUCGUAUGAUCAUGGAACCGGCAUCAGCUACACAUGCCUUAUUCGAUCUUUCUGACUCCACCUUGACCUCCUUCGAUCUCGAUGACGCAAGGGUUUCAAGCGUUGAUGCACCGGUACAAGCAAGACCAGCUCGAUCUCGCUCCCAUGAUGCUGCCUUCGACUCGGCAAAAGGCUCCACAGUUGCUGAUGAGGAUUCUGAAGGAGAAUUAGGUGCGUUGUCGAACGCUGGGACAUGCUAUCAUCGCGAACAACCGGAGGAGGGUUCCGAGGAGGCCGAGGAUGACGACGGCGACUCCGUUACCGACCUUCUUCACGUGGAGACUGUAAGGCAGAAGAUUGAGGUGUUGGCUGCAAUGGUGGGCAUGGAAGAAUCAGAUGAACCUGGGGCGGUGUUGGGCGAGGUUGUGAAGGUUCUCAAGGAGUUGGAGAGGAAAGCAGAGCGUGUCGCUUGUAGGAUGGAAACAACAGAGGAAUAAACCCUGCACUGCAGGAUUCCAAUGCAUUGCAAUUGGACCAAAUGUAGCUUUAUGUUAUCUAUCCUGAGAAAAAUAUGGUUCCUUGAUCUGUCUCUGUGCUUGUUUCGGAUUAAUCCAAUGCACUGGAGUUUGCAACAUGAUGAUCAACGGAUAAUUGAAGGAUCAUUACCGGCAACCA